AUGUUAGGAGAAAAAUGACGGGCUCGAGAUAGCUUUCCAUUCCUCCGUGCACGUUUAUUGAUCGCUGACUGCACAGCGUCGAGGAUCUACUGCGCAGGAACGGCGUAAUUCAAAAUCCGACUUUCUCUUCAAACACUGGCAAUAAUAUUUUCUCGGAGGACAAAUAUUUUCCCUCUUAUGUGUCGUAUCUUGUUCAGAGAAUAUGUACUAUUUGUUUUUCGAAAGAACGACCUUUACUCCUGUACUUUUAAUGAUGAAUCAUUUAACCUAUUCACGUGCAUGGAUUGUACGAUAGACGCAACGACAAUAAUUCAAUUUCGAGUACAAUUGGGAUACAAAAUUGGCUACGAUAAAUGUUAUAACAAGUUGGAAUCGCUAAGGUCGCAAAAACGCGCGUUAUUCCAAGCGCGUGGUUUAAACUUCCGUAGAGUGGCAUCAUUAAACAGCUUUAUUGUCUAGAAUUAUUCCCCUACUCUCGUCAUAACUAAAGAGAUGUGAGUCACGUUCAUUAAGUAUAUAACGGGUGGUCAUGCACAGUUCGCGGAAACUGGAAACGAGAUAAAGGACUAGGAUUUAAGAUUUCGCUACUAAGGAUUCGAUUACACGGCUGUGAGCCUCUCCGGUUUCGCUCGUCUUUGAUUCUUUUCUUGUUAAACGUACGAGAACUCUAUUUUCGUUCUUAGUUUCACGCCCUUCGUUCUGCAUUUUAUGCGCCCAAUCAAUACGCCUAUUUUCUCCGUAAAUUAAACGAACACAUUGAGUACUUUGUUCACACAUAUGUUACUCGACGAUAAAUAAAAAAGAAUGUUUGAAGAGUCGAAGUGAAAUUGCGACGUAAGAGUGUGCCAGGGGCAUGCCUUGAUUCAACAUCAUCGCAAAUUAUCAUGGUUCUGCUGGAUCUCAUUAAGUAAAUUCGAUGCAGAAUGACGAGCUUGUUAUUUAUAGGUCAAGCUCGUGACAGUGGCAGCCCUGAUUUCGUAUCUUUUCUUCUCACGAAAUUUCACGAUGCAUAAAUAUGGAUUAUUCGUUUAUAAUACUUUGUCAAUAAUAAUAUAUGUAUAUGUACGUAGUUCGUUCUAGAAGAUAUCGACAUGAUGUUUAUCACAUUAUAUUUAUUGUCUCCUGAUUAUCUUGUAGAUACAUUAUUGUAGACUGCAAAGUUUUAUCAAAUUUGUAACAAUUAGUGGUUAAGUGUAAUGAAUCUUGCAAGUAUUCUGUGCAGUGAAAAAUAUGAAUGUAUAUAGUUUAGGGAAUAUCUCUCUUAUUUUCGAUAACGUGAUAUCCAAUCGCAUAAAAAUACACAUUGUAAAGUCUGAAAUGUUCCUACGAUAUUUCAAUUUCAAUUUAAAUGAGAUAUGUAUGUAAAUGUUGGAUUUAUAAGUUAAACAAUCCAACGGGAUGAACGUACCAAUAUAAAAUAUCUUAUAACAAUUUAUAUUAGCAGGCGUUUAUCAUCGUAUACAGUUGCCCAGCCUGCUCCUUGAUAGCGUUUAUCACUAUAUAGCAGUAUAGCACUAUAUAACAAGGAUUUAUUAUUUCUAUCCUUCUGUCAUUAAUCUGUGAUAAGGAAAAGAACUGGUGUCGUUUCUUUGCAAAUGCAAUUAAUUAGAUAAUAUUACAUUAUUUUCUGAUGAUAUCCUAUUUGACAUCCAUAUUAUGUAAGUUCAACUUGAACGAGCUUAAAAACAACAUAACGUUGCUUUACAAGUACAAGUGCCGAUAUUCAUUGGAAAGAACAAUCAACUCGUGUUAUAAAUAAUAAUAACUUUGAUUAAACAGGAGUAAUAAUAAGGUGACUCAAUCUUGAUGUUCUGCUGGACUGACAAUCAUGACACGACUAGGAGGCAGAGCCUCUUUAAUGAUCACCGUAAUGAUCAGUUUUACUCUGUUAAUUGUUAUUUAUCAUAUUCUCGAUAAUGAGGUCAAGGACAUCACGACCAAUAAAUUAAAUCCACAGUUUAAGAUCGAAGAGGUUUAUCCAUUGAGCGACCUGACCGAGAAUCCUCUUAGCAUCGCCAGAAAAAAACAAAUAGAGGCUCAAAUAAUGGGAAAAUUGAAAAGCGGAGGAGGAAAGCUAUUCAACGAUAUUAACUAUGAAAGAUUGCACGCAGAAACAGUUCCCUUGUUUAAGGGACAUAAAAUCGUGCAUUUAGAUUUAAAAGGAGCUCCUCCAAAGGCAAGUUAUUACAAGUACCUGCUAAAUUUGCUCAAAAAUUUAGGUGCCACUGGUAUACUUAUAGAAUACGAAGAUAUGUUUCCUUUUGAAGGAACGAUACAAAAUAUCAGCGCAGGAAAUUGCUAUACUAGAAAGGACAUUGCAAAAAUUCAAAAGAUAGCCAGUAAGAAUAAGCUUAUAGUCAUACCAUUGAUUCAAACUUUCGGUCAUAUGGAAUUUGUUCUCAAGUUAGAUCAAUAUAAAGACUAUAGAGAAGUUUCGAGGUACCCGCAAGUCUUAUGCCCUACUUACAACAAAACUCUACCAUUGAUAUACGAAAUGAUAGACCAAAUAGUAGAAGCACAUCCUGAUAUAAAGCAUUUGCACAUUGGAGCUGAUGAAGUUUAUCAGAUAGGAGAAUGUUCCAGAUGCUUAGAUACAAUGGUUAAAAGACAGUGGGGCAAGAAACAAUUAUUUUUGGAUCACGUUUCAAAAGUGGCAAAAUAUAUAAAAAACAAGUAUCCAGAUCUUGUUGUUCUUAUGUGGGAUGACGAAUUUAGAGAAAUAUCAUCCGAUGAAAUAAUAGACAGAGGCUUGCAUUUAAUGGUAGAACCUGUUGUUUGGAAAUACACCACCGAUCCUGGAGCAUCGUUGACAGAUCAAUUGUGGAAAAACUACGCAUCGGUUUGGAAAGAUAUCUGGCUCGCUACAGCUUUCAAAGGUGCUACUGCUCCAGAUAGAUAUUAUACCGAUAUUGGUUAUCAUAUGGAAAAUCAUCAGCGUUGGUUGGAGAUUAUCAAUAAAUAUUCUACUGAAAUUAAAUUUAAGGGUGCGAUCUUAACAGGGUGGCAAAGAUACGAUCACUUUAGCGUACUGUGCGAACUUCUGCCAUCUGCUAUACCCUCGCUUGCUGUAAAUUUAGCCAUCCUGCAAGCUCCAGACUUAUGUAGAUUUCCGAUAGAAGUACCUGCUUCAGUAUUACAAGCGUUAGAGUGCGAGGCCAUCAUUUCUCUAAGUAUUCCAGAACCUCAAUAUGGUUGGACCAGAUGUAGUUAUCACGGUGUGUCUAUUUAUGCCGCUAUAUUACGGCUGUAUUCUUUGACUCAAGCAGUUAGUAAAAUGGAAGAGGAUAACACAUUUAAGGGAUGGUUGAAGCCGUACAAUUUAAAAUACUCUUUUUCAAAUCCUAGUCACGUAGAAAGAGCGGUUGCAGAACUGGAUAAAUACAAGACGGAGAUAAAGUAUAUUGAAAAAGAAAUAAGAACAGCUAUGGAAAACAUAUAUGACAAUUAUACUAUACAAGAAUGGAUAGAAACGUAUAUCGCUCCUUUGAACGAGAAAUUCACUCAACUAUGGGAGGCUAAAGAAAAGAUUUUAGAAAAGAACGUAUGGCCAAGAAGACCACUAACAAAACUUAUCUUAUAGUUUAAUGAAUGAAUAGUUUCCAUAACGUGUAAUAUGAGACUGAAGAUCGCACUAAAGUAAAAACAAAAGCGACGUAUUAAUCGAGACACUUAGAAUCUUUGUUUUAUAAAGAGACGAGUAAUCGAUGCUAUAUAAAGUUUACCAAAACUAUAAUUUUGCACGUUAUAUCUCUAAAAUAUAUAGAAUAUGCUCUAUAUCUCAAUUCAAGCGGGUGAUCAAAUUCUAUCGACUGCACCGUCCGUAAAUUAGUUUUCCUUUUUUUCCUUUUUUUGAAUCGUCUAACAAACAUUCGAUUGAACCCGUGAUCAAUGAAAACUGAUCUUAAUUCGUGCACUCGAAGAGUGAACUAAUUAGAGAUGAAGUGUUAAUUUAAAAAUUGAUCCUAAAGUUGAUUAAUUAUUCUAUCUUCUGAAUUGCUAUCUUAGGAAUUAAUUCCUAAUGAAAAGGCCUCCACUAACUUACUUGCUAUUUAUUAACAUGUUUUAUCGUUUAAUACUUCCGACGGGCAUCUUACAUUUAUGUUAUUCAAAGCUAAUUGUUCUAAGAAAUACGCAUAUACCGCGAUCUUACUCAUUCUUGUUUGUUAAAUGACGUGUUCUUCCGUUGUAUACAUUCUGUUUUGUAUAUUUGUUUUUUUUUUUGCAUAUAGUUUUGCAUGAUUAGUGCCAUUAACAAUUAGGUAUAGAAACAAACCUGUGAAUCAACAAUUUAUAAAAAUAGAGAUACAUCUGCGAGUCGUUUAAUAUGGACGAACGAGUUUUCUCUCGGUGUUUAACACGCGAAUAAAAAUUUAUUCGUUUACCAUCCUGUUUUACUUAAUCUUACGAUGUUCAAAUGCGAUUAUAGAGCUUCCUCUAUCCCCUGAUUUCUUCACGGAUCAACUCUCAGUAUCGAACGAUCUUUUCCCACCAGCAUUUAUACAUGUAUGACAAAAUUACCGAGGACUUGAAUACAAAUCUAUGGCAUGUACUCAAUCAACGGUGUAUGUACAUCACUGUAACGAACGAUGCUACUAUUAUUGUAAAAGUAUUUUUAACAUUGUUACGUCGAUCCAUAUUAACAUUAUUACCGCAAGUAGUAAGAUUUUAUCAAUAAAUAAAUUUGUUUUUAAAUCUA